UGGUUUUGGCGAUACAUAAAUAGCAUAAUACAUUUUAGUAGUAAGUUAUUUCUUUGGUGACAUAUGACUUGUACAGGAGUGCAUCAGUUGUGUCUCAUUUUAACUACUCUGUGUAACAAGUUCUCUAUAAUCUGUAAGUAAAGAGUAUGGUCAUGAUGGAUGACAAUUCACAUCCUAAGUUAUUGAGGCAAGGCUCUGGCAGUAAAAUGGCACUCAAAGAGAAGAUAGUGCAAAUAUAUGAAGCAUUUUUUAAGGGAGAAGAUCCAUCACGAGAGAAUCCCAACUUUUGGGAAGAGUUGUUUCUUUUAAAGGCAAAUGUGCAAUACCUUGAGAGUGAGUUGGAGAAGUUAACUCCCAAAGAGCUAUUAGCUAUGAAGUUUGAAGUGAAGCAUGAACCUGGUAGUGGUGGAUUCUUUUCAGCAAUAACUAACAUGGUGGGUAGUAUGUUUGUGACUGAAGAUAUGAACCCAGAGCCAGUACGGACCUCAGAGGCAGAAUGCCCCAGCCUCCUAGACAAGGCGACACAUUUACUGGUGGUCCACCGCACAGCUACGUGCGACAUCCUCCAGUGUUACCUGGCUCUCCUGGCCGGGGCUACCACCGUGCAACAAGACGCGGUCUUAGAUGCUUGUCAGGGAGUACGUCACUGCCUCAGUCACGCAGGCUGGACAUCUUCCACUCUCUUUGAUGUGGAGAUGGCGGGUGUAGUCCCGGAGCUUCGGAGUGCAACGAACUGGAAGGUUCAGGUCGAAUCUGCUAGCCAGUUGGCCACUGCCAAGGAUAAACAGAGGGCGCCCCAAGCACAGAAAACACAUCGCCCUAAGGUGACGUCCGAUAACCAGAGUCAACCAGGAGGCAAGCACUCAUACCCUUUCGCGGGAGGGAAAAGUAGCGGCGUGAUCCCAGGGAAGAAGGGACUAGGUGGUGGCUCCUCAUCCUCCUUGGGCGGUCGUCCACCCUGGCAGCGGGGAAGCAUGUUUGACGCUUACCUUUUGUGA